CACAUGCUGGUGAUAAUGAACCUGAUUCUGAUUAGGGACUUGGACUUGAAUCCCAAAUCCUGUUUUUCUCCUCAGAGAUGUUGCCUGGUUUGAAAGGUCGUGCGGAAAGUUUGGUUAAUCAGAGGUUCCGAACUGAGGGCUAGGCCCCUUUAAGAAGAGUCAGGUGAUACGAGGGACCAAUCACAUGUUCUGGUCAUGUGAUGGCUUGAGAUGGCGGCGUUUCUACAAUGGAGGCGUUUCGUUUUCUUCGACAAGGAGCUGUUGAAGGAGACCGGGCAACCGGACCGGGAAUUCCGCUGCCCAGGAGACUCGGCCUUCAGCGUGUGCACGAGUGGCAGAGGCAGCCUGGUACUGGGGGAUAUUGAAGGGAAUAUCUGGUUCCUCACUCGGACUUUGCAGUUCACCUCCUUCCAGGCUUAUAAGCUUCGAGUUACACACUUGUUUCAACUUAAACAGCACAGUAUUCUUGUCUCGGUGGGAGAGGAUGAACCAGGGAUCAAUCCUCUGGUGAAAGUCUGGAAUCUGGAGAAGCGAGAUGGCAGCGGAAAUCCUCUCUGCACCAGGAUAUUUUCUGCAAUUCCGGGAAAUAAGCCUACAGAAGUCUCGUGUCUCACUGUCCAUGAAAACCUCAACCACAUGGCAAUCGGAUUCACAGAUGGUAGUGUUGUCCUGAAAAAAGGAGACAUCACCCGUGACAGGCACAGCAAAACUGAUGUUAUAGCAGAGGGAACCUAUCCCAUCACUGGCCUAGGGUUCCAGCAAUCUGGUAAACAGACCCAUCUCUUUGUGGUUACCACAGAGAAUGUGAAGUCGUACAAUGUUUCAGUGAAAGAUUUCCCUGCAGUGGAGCUGGAUAACCAUGGCUGCAGUCUGCACUGCUCUGCCCUGUGCGACCCUUCGCAAGACAACCAGCUGAUAGUUGCGGGGGAUGACUGUGUGUAUCUCUACCAGCCUGACGAGCGUGGGCCUUGCUUUGCUUUUGAGGGGCAGAAGCAGAUCAUUCACUGGUACCGUGGCUAUCUCAUCAUUGUCUCAAAGGACAAGAAGGCAUCCAAGACAGACUUUGUUUCUGGUAACGGCCAGUCUUCUGAGAAGCAGAUACUUACUAUCUAUGACCUGGAUAACAAGUUCAUUGCGUACACAGCAGUAUUUGAUGAUAUUGUUGAUGUACUGGCAGAGUGGGGUUCCCUCUAUGUGCUGACUAGCGAUCGGAAGAUCAGUAUUCUGCAGGAGAAGGACACGCAGACAAAACUGGAGAUGUUGUUUAAGAAGAAUCUGUUUGUAAUGGCAAUCAAUCUGGCAAAAAGCCAACAUUUGGAUAAUGAUGGGUUAGCAGAAAUCUUUCGACAGUAUGGUGAUCACCUGUAUGUGAAAGGAGAUCAUGAUGGCGCCAUACAGCAGUACAUCCGGACAAUCGGGAAGUUGGAGCCGUCCUAUGUGAUACGAAAGUUUCUGGAUGCACAGCGAAUCCACAACUUAACAGCGUAUCUGCAGGCCUUGCACCGGCAGUCACUGGCCAAUGAGGACCAUACAACUCUUCUCCUCAACUGUUACACGAAACUGAAGGAUAGCUCCAAACUUGAGGAGUUCAUUAAGACCAGUGAGAGCGAGGUACAUUUUGACAUUGAAACUGCCAUCAAGGUCCUCCGUCAGGCUGGUUACUACAAUCAUGCUGUCUACCUGGCUGAUAAGCACUGUCAUCAUGAGUGGUACCUCAAAAUACAGCUCGAGGAUAUCAAGAACUACCAACAAGCCCUCUAUUACAUUGGGAAACUGCCCUUUGACCAAGCAGAAAGGAACAUGAAGAAAUAUGGGAAAACUCUGAUGCAUCACGUUCCAAAUGAGACCACUGAGCUGUUGAAGAUCCUCUGUACGGAUUACCGACCCAGCAAUGAGCCUCCAGCGGAGAGAGAAUCCAGCAGCAGAUACGAGUAUAAAGCAAAUCCUGAGGAAUUUAUCCCAAUCUUUGCCAACAACUCGCGUGAACUGAAGUUGUUCCUGGAGCACAUGAUUCAAGUGCAGACCAGCUCUCCACAGGGUGUGUAUGACACAUUGCUUGAGCUCAGAUUACAAGACUGGGCCCAUGAGGAGAACGUGAAGGCAAAGAAACAACUUCAGGAAGAAGCAAUGGGCCUGUUGAAGAGUGGAUUAUUUAAAACUGUAUUUGACAAGGCCCUGGUACUCUGUCAGAUGCACAAUUUCAAAGAUGGAGUGUUGUACCUCUACGAGCAAGGGCGACUGUAUCAGCAGAUAAUGCAUUACCACAUGCAGAAUGACGAGUAUGCCAAAGUGACUGAGACCUGUGAGCGGUAUGGUGAGCAGGAAGCCUGCCUUUGGGAACAAGCACUCGGAUACUUUGCACGAAAGGAAGAGGAUUGUAAAGAAUAUAUCAUGAGUGUUCUGAGGCACAUCGACAGGAACAACCUCAUGCCCCCUUUGCUGGUUGUGCAGACUUUGGCUCAUAACUCCACAGCCACACUCUCUGUUAUUAAGGAUUACCUCAUUAACAAACUGCAGCAGGAGAGUGACCAUAUUGCAGAGGACGAGCGAAGGAUCAAACAGUACAGAGAUGAAACCAAGAAGAUCCAAGAAGAGAUCGAGGAACUAGAGACCAGUGCGAAGACUUUCCAGAAAUCCAAGUGCAGUAUGUGCAACAGCCCCCUGGAACUUCCCUCUGUCCACUUCCUCUGUGGACAUUCUUUCCACCAGCAUUGCUUUGAGAGUUACGCAGAACAUGACUCUGAAUGCCCGACCUGUAUGCCAGAGAACCAUAAAGUUAUGGACAUGAUCCGAGCACAGGAGCAGAAGCAGGAUCUUCAUGAGAAGUUUCAGCACCAGUUGAAAUGUUCAAAGGAUGGAUUCUCAGUCAUCGCUGACUAUUUUGGACGCGGAGUCUUCAAUAAAUUGACAUUAAUCACAGACGCCUUCCCAGGGAGAGGAGCCACUGCAAACAUUGAUGCUGGACUGCAGAGAGACUUGUUGAUGCACACGAAAAGAUCAACUUAAACAGACCCCAAGACCUCACGGUCAUCAAAUUCCUUUUUUAUUUGUGUCUAACUUUUGCUGUAAUAUUAAAGUUCAAUAAGUUGACUUAAUAAGCUGAUGGGUACAGGAAUGAGAUGGAUGUGAAUGAAUAACCUUGCACAGCAUUCAUGCACAUUGUGCAUGUGUUGAGUGAUUCAAUGCAAUUACUUGGCAAGGUCUUAAGGCCUGGUGCAUGAGACUUUAGUGAGAAUCCUCGGGUUGACCAGUUACCUUGCUGAUUAAUGCAGUGAAGUUGCCUGCAAUUCAUUGCUUUAUCUUUCUAAACACAAUGGGAUGGAGUUACCAAAAAUAGCUUUUCCAAUGGCUCAAAGAGCAUCACCUGAGAUAACAGGGAUUCAUUAGAUGAUGAAGGUCAAUUCGCAGAGUGGAAUCGGACGAUAUUUAUGGGGUAUGUAAAUGAACAAGUAGAAGUACUGCAAAUCUCAAUAUGAAGAGAAGUCAUACUUCCAGGUGAGGCGACACUGCACUUGUCUGUUGGGGUCAUCUACCAUAUCUGGUGCUCCUAGUAUGACCUCCUGUAUAUCAGUGAGACCCGACGUAGAUUAGGAGACCACUUUGCUGAGCACGUAUGCUCCUUCUACCAGAAAAAGCAGGAUCUCCUGGUAGCCAUCCAUUUCAAUUCUGACUUGCAAGUCCAUGGCUGCCUCUACUGCCGCAAUGAGGCCACACUCAAAUUUGGAGGAGUAAUACCUUGUAUUCUGUCUGGGUAGCCACCAUCCUGAUGGCAUGAACAUCAAUUUCUCAAACUUCUAGUAAUUGUGCCCCCUCCACCAUUCUCCAUUCCUGUUUCCCUCUCUCUCCUUAUCUACUCAUCACCUCCCUCUGCUCCUCCUCCCCUUUCUUCCAUGAUCUUCUACCCUCUCCUGUUAGAUUCCCCUCCUUUCACCAAUCAUCCUCCCACACCACUCCCCCUCUCCUGGUUUCACCCAUAGCCUGCCACCUUGUGCUUCUUCCUCUCCUUCCCCUUCCCCUACCCCCCCACCAACCUUCUCAUUCUGACUUCUCCCCUUCUUUUCCAGUCCUGAAGAAGGGUCUCAGGCCAAAACAUCAACUGUUUAUUCAUUUUGAUAUAUGCUGGCUGAUCUGCUGAGUUCCUCCAGCAUUUUAUGUAUUUGGCCUUGGAUUUCCAGCAUCUGCAGAUUUUCUCGUGUUUGCAAUUCUACUACUACACUGCGAAGUCUCUUCCAGGGAUGCCUACCCUGAAGAAGUUUAAAUCUUCUCUUCGGAGUUUAGUGAAACCCUCUCUCACUGCUCGCUCUCUGUGACAUCUGCUGCCCUCCAACUCUUUGACCAUGUGUUUACCCAGACCCGCUACCACAAUGACAUAUCCUUCCUGGAAAAGUGUCUUCGCUACCAUCUUGUGCCAUAUGACAUCCAGAUCUGUUUUCAAGCUUCUCGAUUUGGACCCUCAGAGGACCUGGGUACUCGCAUUCAAUUGACUGCUUCUCCUGCUGCGUUCUAUGCACCACGCUUUCUGCCAUGAGGAGCUACCUAGUGUCCUAUCUUAGUUGCUGCCACAACUCCAGGAUUCUCUCUCCGCCGCCUGCAAUGGAUGUGUCUGAUACUUUAUCCUUCGUCGGUCAGCGCUUUUAAUCGCCGGUUCUUGGCCUUUCUCACGUCCAACAAGGAUCGGAAGAUUGUGCAUCUGCAGACUGCUGAAUCAGCUGCCAACCUUGUUGGUUCCAGCAAUUCCACCGCCAUCAAUGUGCGUUCCAACAACCCCAGACACCUUCAAAGUGCCUAUUGCACAACCUCAAGCUCCGACUCCAGCCUGGAAUUUGACCGACAGCUCCUCCAGGCUGGGACCUUAUGCACUGCCGUUGGAACUCCAGUCUCCCCUUCCCCCACCACCACUCUCUGCAAUCCCGUGUGUCUCAGGUCCCACCACCAGCUCUUGGGUCUUCGGAGACUCCAUCUUCCUCUCACCCCACCUUCCCUAAAAAACCCAACCCUCCUCUUUCCUUAAACACCACCAAUACUCUUCCACCUUCUGAUCCUAGCUUUCAUCCAUGCCAGGUCUUCACUAUUCCCUUUGACCUUCCCCUCUCUGAGGCAGAAUGUUCUGUCCUCAGUAAAGGCCUCACUUUUGUCCCCCUGCCCCACUCAGUGAGUUCCACGCCUGCAAUGACGCUGAGCUCUUCCACUGCCUCUGACUUCAUGCUUACUUUCUCAGCAAGGACACUCCUACCAGCACAGGUUACCCCUUCUCCUGUCUUCAACCCUCCUUCUCUUUCCGGACUCCCCGCUCUGGUCUUCUGCCUGUUCUGGAUCUUUUUAUUGUUAACUGCCAACGAGUCAUCGACCGUCUCGACUCUACCACUCCUCUCUCCAAUUCCAAUCUUGCUCCUUCCAAACACAUUGCUCUCCACUCUCUCUGCACUAAUCCUAACCUCACCAUCAAACCCGCAGUAAGAGGGGUGCUGUAGUAGUCUGUUGGACUGACCUCUACCUUGCUGAGACCAGCUGACAACUCUGACGCCAACUCUUACCCCUGAACAGGACCCCACUAAGGAACACCAGGCCUUUGCCGUCCGCACCAUCAAUGACAUUAUUAACUCUGGGGAUCUCCCAUCCACUGCCACUAACCUCAUAGUUCCCUUACCCCGCACCUCCCGUUUCUACCUCCUAUCCAAGAUCCAUAAACCUGCUAGUCCAGGUAGACCCAUUGUAUCUGCUUGUUCUUGCCCCACUGAACUUGUAUGCAGAUAUCUUGACUCUGUUUUAUCCUCCAUAGUUCAGUCCCUUCCUAACUACAUUUGUGAAACUUUACACACUCUUGAUCUUUUCAAUGACUUCAAGUUCACUAUGGAUGUCCAGUCCCUAUACACCUCCAUUCCCCAUCAGGAGGGCCUUAAAGUUCUCUGCUUCUUUCUGGAAGACAGACGUAACCAGUACCCCUUCACUGCCACUCUCCUCCUCCUGGCAGGGCUGGUCCUCACUCUCAAUAAUUUUUCCUCCAGCUCCUCCCACUUCCUUCAAACAAAAGGUGUAGACAUGGGUCCCAGCUAUUUUUGUUGGCUAUGUGGAACAGUCCUUGUUCCAAGCCUACACUUGUAUUGCUCCCCAACUCUUCCUACACUACAUCGACUGCAUUGGCGCUGCUUCCUGCACCCAUGCUGAGCUCGCUGAUUUCAUUAACUUUGCCUCCAACUUCCACCCUGCCCUCAAAUUUACCUGGUCCAUUUCCGACACCUCCCACCCCUUUCUCGAUCUCUCUCUCUCUAUCUCACUGGACGCAGUCGAUCUACUGAUAACUUUUAUAAACCCACUGAUUCUCGCAGCUAACUGGACUUCCCAACCUGUCACCUGUAAAAAUGCCAUCCCCUUCUCUCAGCUCCUCUGUCUGUGCUGCAUCUGCUCAGAAUGAGGCUUUUCAUUCCAGACUAAUGAGAUUGUCUCCUCCUUCAAAGAAAGGGGCUUUCCUUCCUCCACCACCAACGCUGCCCUCAACUGCAUCUCUUCCAUUUCACACACAUCUGCCCUCACCCCACCCUCCUCCUGCCACGCCAGGGACAGGGAUCCUCUUUUCCAUUUUGAGAAGUGAUUCUUUACACCUUGCAUCUUCAUCGUUUCAUUUAUAACUUCUUUACAGGUGUUGCUUGUACCCGUAUAGUUCAGGGCCAGGUAAAGUGCAGUUAUGCUGCACAUUACUCAGUUAUUCUGGCCUGCAUUGUAACAACAAUAAAGCCUUGAACUUUAUUUUUCUAAAUAUUAGGUCCAGCUUUGGGAGAUUGUGAUUUUGAGUCAGUGGGUGACUGACUUCAGUGAUAUGGUCCACAUCGUGGGACAUGAUACAAAGUGGCCGAGUGUUGGGUCUGUGUGCAGCAUUGACAUAUUUGUCUCAGCAUGGCUAUCAAUAAACAUUGUGACUGAAGUAGGAUUUGCUUUCUCUGAAAUCUCAAAAAACAUUUACCCACGCGUUGGAGAUGUGUGGUUUCCUCCAGUUAUGUACACUGUUUAAUUUCUCACCUUUUUCCUCAAUCUGCGUGGUAUUCCCUUUCCAUGUAAAGCACAGGAUAGUGUCUUUACAAGCAACUUGGCUAGUCCAACAACUGCGUGUAAUUGGACCUCGAGAUUUGCAUUAAGUAUGAGCAGAAUAGCUGUUUUUCCCAAGUAAAACACUUUCAGUCAUUUUCUAUUGUAAUAUUUAAGGAUUACUUUAAUUUUCUUCCUUUACCCUGAGCUUGGAGCAAGAUCCUCUCUCCCAAACUGUGGCUGCUUGUAUACAGUAUCUGUGUAUGUGUUUAAAAUGGUUUGAUAGACCACAGUUUUAUUGGCUAUUCAUGUGCAAUGGUGGAAUCAAGCUGGCUUGAGGUUUUUGUGGCAAGUGAUUGUUUGAGGGUAUUAACCUGCUUCUUGAAAACCUAGAACACCAGAGAAACUCCUUAAGAUUGUAGUUCUGAAUUAUUGCACAUAGCACUCCAUGCUAAAGCUUCCCCUUCUUUCUAACCACUUGUUAUCUCCUGAAAUAAAGGCACAGGAUCCCAACACCCUUACCAAGCAGAGCCAAAAGUUUAGUUUGCCGGAAGAAGGCAGCCGUGAAUUGUUGCAUUGUUUCUCCCCAUUUCAGUUCAUCAACCUUAAAUACUUGAUACUAGCCAUAUUAUGGGCAGAAAGAAGGGACUAACAUGUUUGUCGUUUGCUGUGUUUACUGCAUAAGUAACAAACUGUUUCAUAAUUCGUGUGCCAGUAUGUGUUGGAGGCCAGUUUCACAUGCUGAACUGCUUAACCAUCCUUGUUAGACACUCACUCCACUGGCUCUUUCUGUCCAUCUUGCCAUUCCUGCCUUUGCUGCUGCUCCUGUCCUGUCUGCAUCACACAGUGAUUAAUUGUGCUUGGCUGAAAAUAUAGGAUUUCAAAUUGUAAAUAAAGUGUAUUCUGUAAUCAUUUUACUUGAAUAAAUGUAUUACCUAUAUAAAUGUCUAAAAAGUAAUUGAUCUAAUCCAUCUAGCCAAUACACCAUAAUUCUAUGCUCUGUCCGCCAGAGAAAGCAGGAUCUCCCAGUGGCCACACAUUUUAAUUCCACAUCCCAUUCCCAUUCUGACAUGUCUAUCCACGGCCUCCUCUACUGUCAAGAUGAAGCCACACUCAGGUUGGAGGAACAACACCUUAUAUUCCGUCUGGGUAGCCUCCAACCUGAUGGCAUGAACAUCGACUUCUCUAACUUCCGCUAAUGCCCCACCUCCCCCUCGUACCCCAUCUGUUAUUUAUUUAUAUACACACAUUCUUUUUCUCGCUCUCCUUUUUCUCCCUCUGUCCCUCUGACUAUACCCCU